UUCAAUAAGAAUGAGUUUCAGCAUGUAACUAAAACUAUUAUUAGCUUUAUACCAAGUGUUGAAGUUCACCCAUUCUUUCUCAACUGGUGUAAACACAAGAUCCACUUCCAUAUGUAUCUUAGUACUACUACUAGAAUCACACGGCAAGAACUGGAAAAAUACUCCACCUUUGCACCAGUGGAGAACCAGCAAGAUAAGGCCCCGCUUCCGGCAGUUAAUAUGGAACCAAUCUGGAGUAUGUCAAAUGCAUACACUUGCAUACAAGAGUUCAAACCUCUUAAGCAUAUUAGCUAUUCUCAUAUGAAAAUUUAUAGAGCAUUAGCAAACACAGCGUCGCUCUAUAAACAACCUCCAAAUGUCUUAUGUCUUCCUCGGAAAGGCCUGUAUGAUGAUAGCCUACCUCUUGA